GCUUUUUCUAUAUGCAGAAAUUAAUGUUCCAAUUGUGAUUUUUUUUAAACCACUUGAACUUUAUAUAAAUGUAUCUAUGCCAUGUUGUCUGUUCCAGCCUGGCUUCCAGUGUAAACGGUUAAAAUGGCCUCUCUCCCUCUCUGUUGUUUCUUUGCCAAAUCAUCACGUUGUGGGUGCUAAUCCAUCGGACUUUAAUUACAUCUGAUGUCCUGGUCAAUACUUUCCGACAGGCCGUGCUAAAUAAAGAAAUCAAUAAGCUGCUGAAAUGUUAGAGAGUGGGCCGAGAGGAGGAGGAGGAGGAGGAGGAGGAGGAGGAGGAGGAGGGUCAGUCUGCCCCUGCAUGAUGCUCCAAUAUGUCUCUCAAAUCUCUGGGACAAGCUGAUGCUUAGAUGACAUUUUUCUAAUCCGACAAUUUGAUAUUUUGGGGUUGAUUGUGAACUAUCAGAGUCCAGCGGGUGACCUUUGACCCUGUGCGAUGAGUAACACGGAGAUACCGUCUGGCCUGAAGGAGCUGCUGCAGGGCUACACCGUGGAGGUGCUUCGACGCAGGCCGGCAAAUUUGGUGGAAUUUGCCGUGCAGCAUUUUACACAAAUUCUAGAGGGUCAGAAAAACGACCUAAAAAACAAGAAACGUAGCAACAGAUCUUCACUGAAAGGAGUGACCUUUGAAACAAAGUCCAAUAAGCCCAAAAAGGAGGAUGAAGAGGAGAAAGAGCCUGUAAAGUCCACCACCGCUAAAUACAACCGCAGAGUUUCAGUCUGUGCAGAAGCGUACAACCCUGACGACGAUGAGGACGAUGAUGCUGAGCCACGGGUCGUGCAUCCCAAAACAGACGAGCAGCGGCACAGACUCCAGGACGCCUGCAGAGACAUCUUACUGUUCAAAACCCUGGAGCAGGAGCAGUUCUCUGAGGUUUUGGACGGCAUGUUCGAGGUGUUGGUCAAACCUCAGGAUCACAUCAUAGACCAGGGAGACGAUGGAGACAACUUCUAUGUCAUAGAGAAGGGUGUGUAUGAUAUUUUCGUGCAGAAGGACAGAGUGAGCAUUUGUGUUGGAAAGUAUGACAAUAAGGGCAGUUUUGGUGAGCUGGCUCUCAUGUACAACACGCCGCGAGCUGCCACCAUCACUGCAACUCAGGAAGGAGCCCUGUGGGGCCUGGAUCGAGCCACAUUUCAUAGGCUGAUUCUCAGAAAUAAUGCGAAGAAGAGGAGGGUGUACGAGGCCUUCAUCGAGUGCGUUCCUCUUCUCAAGUCUCUUGAGCUCGCUGAGAGGAUGCAGAUUGUGGAUGUUUUGGGGGUGCGAGUGUUCAAAGAUGGAGAGUGCGUAUUAAUGCAGGGGGACGAGGCUGACUGUUUCUACAUUGUGGAAUCAGGAGAGGUGAAGAUAAUGAUAAAAAGCAAAACAAAGGCGGGCCAGCCGGAUAACACAGAGGUGGAGGUGGCGCGCUGCUCUAAAGGACAGUACUUUGGGGAGUUGGCACUGGUCACCAACAAACCCCGCGCAGCGUCAGUUUACGCUGUGGGAGAAACCAAAUGUUUAGUAAUUGACAUCCAGGCUUUUGAGCGUUUGCUGGGACCCUGCAUGGACAUCAUGAAGAGGAACAUUUCCCAGUAUGAAGAACAGCGUGUGGCACUUUUGGGGUCACGUGUAGAUUUGAAACACUAAGACAAUCAUAAAGUAGUGUAUAAGAACUUAGUGAACUCCUGCUUGGGGUAAAUGUACAGUACUCCUUUAACAUUGUCCGACACACACUUAAAUGUGAAAACCCAUCUAAAAGGUCAAGGUUUUAUAAGAUAAGCUACAGAUCCAGAACAUUAAAUAAGCAAUAUAAAUACAUUUUUCAUUUGUAAACAAUUUAUAUGAAAUUGAGGCACACUUUUAUUACCACUUUAGUAUCAAAAUGAUAUGCAAAAUAAAAAAUGUGAGAAUUGUUCACCUACACAGAAUUCAUGUUCAUUUGCUGUUAGUGCUCGUCGAUCCCCAAUUCAUUUAAAAGUGCAUUUUACAAUUGAAAUUAGCAAACUAUUCACAACCCCUACUCAAACCUUUGUUGUAUUGGAUGACAUUUGUAAACUAGUUUUUAAAUAACAUCUUGAGUAAGGAGUGAAAUUGCAAAAUGACAAACAUGAUGUAAAAAAAUAAAGGAUUACAUCUUAAUUUU